AUGGGAUUGGGGUACUGUGGGAUUGUCAGAUUUCAUCUUAGAAUUCCUAAUGGAUGGAAAAUUUUAGAUAAAGAUGAGGAUCACAAAGUGCUUAAUGUAUAUGUUGAACACACCAAAGGAGAAGUCCUUGAUCAGAGCCAGGCACAGUCAAAUUGUAUUCCUAUUGCACAAAAGUUUGAUGGGGGAAAUAAUGUGGGUGGUAGUGUUGUGGCUUCUGAUAAUGCAUUGGACAGUGAGUCAUCACAAUAUGAGGAACACUUAGACAACUCGACUUUAGAUGAUGAGUACUUCGAUGACAAUGAGUAUGAUUUGGAUGGAGUACAACUGCAUGAUACAAUGGUUGAUGAAGAUGUGAGACUAAGGAAUGAAAUAGAAAAAAGGGAAGUGGUUGGUAAUGGCACUGGAAGAAACAAAAGGAAAUGGGUUGAGAAAGAUAAUACAACAACAAUGAGUACUGCUGAAGAGAAUAUUAGUGAAGAUUGUGAUUCAGAUGAACUAAGAGGUAUUCCUAUGACGCCCCAAAAUCUGGGUGUCCGUAAUUACCUCGUUAAUCACCCAUCAAUUCGUGGAAUACCCGUGGAUACCGUGUAA